CUUUGCUUUGCUUUGCCGCCGGCUGCACUCUUCCUUUGCUUGUUUAUUCACCAAAUAGCUUCCAAAUUUCUACCCAUCUUGCAACAUCUAAGCUUCUCCCAGUCACAGUCGGUUUCUUUCCUUCUUUUUUUUUUUUUAUUUUGUUUCUCCAAAUUCACCCAAAAAUCAGUAACCCAUUUCCUUCAACUUUUAAGAUCUACUGCCGACUGCACUCUCUUCUUCUGCUUGUCCAGAUCUACUCCAUUCAGUGGUCCCCCCGGCAAUUCUUCUUACCCCACAGAUCAGCUUGGCUUGUGGCCGGUACUCACUACCAGGCAGCCUUCCCUUGCUCAAGUUGCUUCCAUGGCCAGUGACCGAGAAGAGCCAUCCAUGCCCACCGGAUCUGCUUCCAUGGCCGGUUCAAAGGCCAUUCCUUGCUUGAGGUCACCUCCCCCAAAUUUAAUUGAAAUCUUUCAAAACCGUAACCUUCAAGAUGAUAUAAACAGGGUACUCCAAAAACAGAAACCAUGCCAUGCAAGCCAAACUUUUGUUCCCCAUAAAAAAUCUCAGAUUUUGGGCUCUUAUUUUGUGUCUCAUCCGCUGUUUUGGCCCCUCCACAACUCACCAAAAAAUCUGAGGGGAAGAAUGUUGUAAAAGAGAAUGAGGACCUGGAAUCUGCCAUGGCCGCCCAGAUCAGCCAGCCAGAUCUGCCAGGGAGAGCUCCCAAACUUCAAGUCAAAAGGAAAUUUGUUGCUCCUGCAGAUUCCACAGAAGAGGAUACCCCCUCCAAGCAGCGAAGAACCGGAGGUAAAUCCGCUUUGGCUUGCAACUUUGUGACAUGUUUUCUGCUAACAUCCA